UCACGAUUUACAUCCUUACAAUCUUACGAAUUUACGAUUCAAAUAUUUGAGUCAAUUUUACUUAUUUUCCCCAAAAUUUGCAAAAUUACGCCUCUUUUUCUUCUUCUCCACCAACAUCAUCUAUUUCUCUCACCGCCUCACACCAACCACCAUCGACUAUAAUCAAUUCACAUCAACGUAUUAAUCAUCAUCGAUUCACCACCUCUUAACAUUAAACAUUAACCUUUAAAAAUUAUCAUUGUAAGUGUUAUGUGCUUUUGUGUUAUUCAUGAUUUUUCUUAGUAAUAUUAUUUUGUCUUGAUUUUUAUAUGGACCUUAAAAUCCUACGAUUUUACGAUUCUGAUUUUACCCCUAUAUUCGAUUUUACGUAAAAUCCCGAUUUUGACUGCUUGUAUGAGCCGACUCUAUAGAAUGGCUAGCGAGCCAACUCAACUAGAAAGUGAUGAGAAAAUUGGUCAAUAGAGUCGAGCUCGAAUCAAACUCGAUUCAAAUACAAAUCAAUAUUUUAGUAAACAAGUCGAACUCAAACUCUACUCGUUUAUUAUAUCAAAAUUAGCCAAUUAGCUCAAAUUAGAUAAAAACUAGCCCGAGUUGAAUCAUUUGCAGCACUAAAUGUAAAUUCUCUAGUUUGUAUGUGAAUAAAAUCAAACAAAGAGUAAUAUGAUCAUUACUUUUCAUUUAAUUAAAAUUAAUAUGAAUAAGCUAUCUCUAUUAAUUAAAAGAGAAAGCAUGAACAAUGUAUCUCGUACCACUUCAUCAGGAGUAUCACAUACUCCAGAUUCACUAGAGUAUAUUUAAAACUAAUUUGGUGUCCAACCCAUUGACCGUAAUGUUAUUUGAAUACAAUAUAUUUAUAUAUGAUGUGUAUUUAUGUAUGAAUUUUGUAUCGUAAUCCAAAUCAUAUUGAAUUGUUAUUUUAAUAUGGCCGAAUAAAACCGUUAGAUUAACCUAAAGUUCAAAAUUAGAUUGAAGUAAAUUGUAACCAACGAUUACUACCAUAUAUAUUAUGGAAGCGAAAAUGAUAUUGGAAUCUUCAAAGAUUGAAAAUAAUGAUAACUUACUUUUUCAUUCAUGUGUAGCUUGGUUUGAUAAUUGAAUUUAUAUAGAAAACACACCAUCCUUUUGUUGUUUGACAAGUGAAAAUAGAGAAGAUAGGGCGUGGAGACGAAUUCUGAAGCUAGCUUCGACCAACUAUGCAGCCGUUUAUGAGUAACCAGGGUGAUGAAGGCUUUUGGAAUGGGAAAUUGAUGCCCAGAUACUCAGCGAGCGCAGUCUGGGAUACAAUACGUCCUAUGAAGAGCAAACAAAACUGGUAUGCUCUUCUCUAGAGUAAAUUCUAUGUGCCGCGUUGGAGUAUCAUAGCAUGGAUUGUGACCAUGGAUGCGAUAGUAACCAAAAUAAUGUUGAUGCGGCGGGAUAAAUUAAACGAAGAUAGAUGCAUUUUAUACCAUACCAAAAGUGAGACCUAGAGAACCAAAUAAGAGAACAACAAACCAACCAACCAGAACAAUCACUACAUCCAAACAUCACAAAAGAAUUAAUGGAAACCCGAAAACAAAGGGAAAAAAGAAGAGAGACUCCUCCUAAAAUUCCACAACCCUAAUUAAUAAACCCAAAACAGAAGAGAGACUCUUUCCCCCAAACGAACAAACCCAAAAAGAAGAAGGAAAAAAAACUCCAUCAUCAUCAUGGAUUUCUUCCUCACCGCCCUCUCCUUCACCAUCCUUCUCCCCAACAACAUCCCCACAUCCACCGCCAUCCGUAACGCCCCAUCUCCCUCACCAGCCGACGCACCCCUCACACUCCACAUCGUCUCCCACGACAACACAAACCCAGCAGCCCCGUCGGCCGAUCCCAACGACGACGAGGACAAGAAAAAGCCGAGCAAGAAAGGCGUGCUCGGAACCGCCAUCAACCCGGCCCUCCGCGACAUCUGCGAAGCCACCAAGAUCCCCAACAAGUGCAUGGACUACCUCGCCCCCAUCGCCACGAGGGCCGGCGGGACGUACCAGGACCCCGUCUCCAUCCUCAACCUGGAGGUCGAGCUCCUCUACAAGAAGGUCGAGAAGGCGACGGACGACGCCAAGGACAUGAUGGCGAAGAAGAAAGACGUUGUCUCCACGUCACCGGAGGUGGCGAAGGGGCUGAACGCUUGCGUCGGGCUGUACAACAAGGCGACCGAUGACCUGGCAAGGGCCUUGCUGGAGUGCUCGGAGAAUAAGAAUGGCGCCACGGUGGAGCAGAUGUUGAGCUCCGCCUUGCAGUCCAUCCGCAGCUGCGACGCCGUUUUCGGCGGGAAGAGUGGGGAGAAGGACGCCCCGAUGGCGGAAGUUAAUGAGAAGAUGAUUGACAUGGCGGAAUUGGGGAUGGAGAUUUCUGGCAAGUGGCUCACCAAAGGGAAGGCCCAAACUAAAAUCAUUAGUUAAAACAACAAUGCAGAUAUUUAUUUAUCUAUUAGUAGGAAAAUGUGUGUAAGGAAGAUCAAUUAACUAAUUACAUCUUGGAUUAAUUAAUUGUGGUUUGAGAUUUAAUUUUCAAGAUGUGUGUAUAAAAUUCUCAAUGUAGCACGUUGUAGCCUUAUAAUACCACUGGGAAACCCGAACUAUUAAGAAAGUGUCAUUUGUGUCCCAAACUAUUCAAUAUUUUAUCUAUGUUCCAACGUAUGAUAGUUGUUUGUCAUUUAUGUACUGACAAUUUUGUUAACCAUUUUAAAUGAAAAUAUUAAUAAAAAUUAAUAUUUAAAAUUCCGAUUAGAUGCCACGUUGACACUGACUGAAAUUUCUAUUAAAUAUUGAGGGUCAAACUCGGUUAACACUAAACAAAAUAGUUCAGGACAUAAACGUUAAGUUGAAUA